AUGGGCAAGUUCAUGAAACCUGGGAAGGUGGUGAUGGUCCUCGCUGGACGCUACGCCGGGCGCAAAGCUGUCAUCGUCAAGAACAUUGACGAUGGCACCGCCGACCGUCCCUACAGCCACGCUCUGGUCUCAGGUAUCGACCGCUACCCCCGUAAGGUGACCACCACCAUGGGCAAGAAGAAGAUUGCCAAGAGGUCCAAGAUCAAGGCCUUUGUGAAGGUGUACAACUACAACCACCUUAUGCCCACCAGAUACUCUGUGGACAUUCCUCUGGACAAAACCGUUGUCAACAAGGACGUCUUCAGGGAUCCCGCUCUGAAGCGCAAAGCCAGGCGGGAGGCCAAGAUCAAGUUUGAGGAGAGGUACAAGACAGGCAAGAACAAAUGGUUCUUCCAGAAGCUCAGAUUCUAGACUCCUUGCUUUCACAAAUAAAUGUUUAAAAAUGGA